AUGGACGCACCCGACGGCCAAUUGAAUGACGAGCACUUGAGACAGUCGGUGGACAUGAUGGAGGUCGACUUCGACACUUCAUCUUUUACGGACGAUGAGGGAUACGAGUCCUCCCCGCGCAGACCGACAAGCCCUGAAGGCAUGUGCACUGGAGUGUGGAGUACGGAGGAGCAUGCAAAAUUUCUCGAAGCCAUCAAGAUCUACUCCAACGGCCCCUGGAAAUCCGUGGCUGCAUACGUGGAAAUACCGACAAAAAGCCGCGCGUCGUUGCGCGGCCUGCGUACUAAGCAGGCUCUCAUGCGUAUGCACUUUGGACACCACGUGAGUGAAGAAUCCCUCGUACAAGAGCGUCUUCGAUCCGUAGGGGCUGCUUACAAAAGCAACGUCCACCUCGAGUGUGAGCCAAUCCCGGUCCGCAAUUCUUCACCGCACCGAAGAGAAACCUGGUUUCUAGGAGCGGAUACCCUGCCGUCGGUUUGUCUUGCCACGGGAAUCCAAUCGGCCGACCACACAUCAGCCGAGGACUUUGCGUCUUUGGACGUAACCAUGUUGGAUGUAAAGGAGAUCAAUCCGCUCGAGGAUCUAACAACCACCCCGACCCUGGAAGAUGUACAUGUACAUGUACUGUACAACUCCACAAUAAACAAUGUCAAACAAUGGAUAGCUUCAACUUGUCCUCCUGCGGCACCAGAUGGACGCCGCCAUUCGCGCUGCUUGACGAGUCAGCAUUUGUCGAUGGGAGCGCACCUAUGCUCCUCCGCGUUCGUCACGAACCGCGAUAGGCGUACGCACGAAGUUCGUGCGUACCGUUUAGCGUUUCUGAAAGUUCAGACUCAUGUUGAUUACGCUCUCAAAAUCCAAGAACGAAAAACUCAUCGACACUCCUCAGAGGAGAACUCGGCGCCUGACUCAUGCCUUAACGCACGUUUGCCACUCUUGUCAGCCUUCUUCGGCCUUCGCACCAACCAACAUCUUCACUGCAAAUCGAGCAACCCGGCGCCUUCGCCUCAGCUACGUGGCUCCAUAUACCGUAAAGGUCACGCCAUGCGUUGA